CAAUCUAAUGCUUAAAGAUGCAAUUUAUUGUGCCAUUGGCCUCGGAGCACAUGAGUUAUACGAUGAGCUCGAUUUCGAUUCGUGGCUUGUAAAUAAUCUUUUGGUAGAGAUAGCUAACAACGACCCAAGUUUUAAGAUAAUACGCCGUCGAAUUGCUUGGGUAAUUGGAAGAUGGGUGUGUGUCAAAAUAUCUAGAGAGAAUAGACCUAAAGUAUACGAUGCAAUGACAUAUUUACUGAAUCCGGGAGAAAGCUUGGUAGUUAGAAUGACGACCGCCAUAAACUUGAGGAACUAUAUCCUUAUUCUACAUCAUACAAAAGAAGUUGCACGCGUGGAUGAAUGGGAUUUUGAUUCAAAAGGAUUUGCUCCAUACCUUGAUCGAUCUAUUACAUUGCUGACGCGUUUAAUUGGAGAGGUAGAACA